CAUGAUGGAUUAGUAAGAGCAUGUGCAAAGGCUGGUGGAUUUCCUGAGCCUGAGAUCAUUCACUUCAACCCUAAGGAAUUUGAUUUUGGUAAAAAGAAGGCAUUUCCAUUCCGUGAUCAGCAUUUCUUUGCAUCAAUUGACAAAGCAAAAAGUGUGCUUGGGUGGAAACCAGAAUUUGACCUAGUGGAAGGGCUUGCUGACUCCUACAACUUUGACUUUGGUAGGGGAACAUUCAGGAAAGAUGCUGAUUUUUCAACGGAUGAUACUUGA